CGGUCCGCCCCCCCCCCCCCCCCCUCCAGCGCGUCGCGAUGGCCGCCGAGUGCCCCGCGCCGUCUCCGCCGCCGAGCGUUCCGUUCCCGCGCCUCGAGCCACUGCUGCAGAAGUUCGUGAAGGUGGCCAUCCCCACCGACGCACAGCGCCUCGACAAGCACCGGCUCAACGUGGAGAGGCUGUGCCGGCAGUGCGAGUGGGACCGGCUUCACCAGGAGCAGGUGAACGCUCGGCGCACGGUGCAGGUGAGAACUCCUCGCCGUUGUCGUCGGCCACGAUCUAUCCACCGCUGGUGGAAAGGGGCCUCCACAAUACCUGGUGUUUGGUCUCCUCUUCCACGCCGACCAGACGUGUUGGAAGAGCAACUGCUGAUGAACGUGCGGGAGGUGGAGAAGCUGCGGGAGCUGGUGGUGCCGGGCGACGGGCUGGUGUUCGAGCGGACGGUGCGGCCCGCGCGGCGCGAGGCCGGGCUCACCGUCACCCUCCUGCUGGCGCUGGGGGGCGGAGGGGCCCCAGGUUCCCGCGGAGCGGGGAGCGGCGCCGAGGGGGGACAGCAGCUGCCGUCGGCGGGAGACCGCAUGUUCACCAGCUGCCCGUCGCCGGGCGAGUUUGCCGGCUACGCGGAGCGGCGUCGCUUCUCCUCCUCGGCCGCCGCGGAGGAGCUGGGACCGCAGAGCCUCCCCGUUGAGUUUAAAGAGAACCCAGUGUCGAAGUUCGAGGCGGGGCCAAGGGAGGAGGGCGACGCCCCGAGGCUGCCCCUGCCGGAGAGGCCACGGGGCCACGCUGCGUCCGAGUCUUGGACCACUCUGCGGCUGGAUUUGGAGGAGCUCUUGGAGCUGCUUCACGACAAGCAAGUCCGUUUGCCAUCGGGAAUCCUGAGGAGAAGAGCAGGAGGUGGUGGUGGCACAGAGGGAACGGGCCGGCCCGGGCGGAGCGGCGAGGGCGACAGCGUGCGGGACCUGGCCAUGGUGGCGGCGUGGCCCAUGGCCGGGGCUCUAAUCGGCGGCGUCGUGGCCGGGCCCCUCGGCUUCCUCACCGGACUCAAAGUGGCCGCCAUCGCGGCCGCCAUCAGCGGAAGCCUCAUCGGCUUCACGGGCGGAACGAUCAUCCAAAAGUGGAAGGAAAGGCGGCGCGAAAGGAGGCAGGAGCGGGAGAAGCGGGACUAGUGAUGCUCCCACGUGGCCGCCCCGUGGGGGGGGCUGUACGUCAGCCCCCCCCGACACUCCUUUUUUUUGGCAGUGCUGGUCCUGGAGAAGUUUUUUUUUUUCUUAAUGUCGAGGUUGACUGACGUGACCCGGGUGGGCUUGGGGCUGCCGAGGGCUCCUCCGGCGUUGCUUCAGGAGCCUGUGGUCUCGGCCUGGCCACCCGGGGACUGCACCAAAACCAUCGCUCUCUCUCUUUGACCCCUGCACUUAGUUUGGCUCCAUUCCACCUCCUGUGAUUCCUGAGAAAUAAAACAACGGUGUGACCGUCGUCCAACAACUGGCGAUGUUCCCUGUGCCAGGCGAGGUAGCUGGCCAUGCCCCCUGCGGUGCGCUAGGCACACGGGGCAAAUUAUGUUUUCCUAGGAGGCUAGGGUUUGUUUUGCUGCUUGGGGGGGGGGGGCGUGCACUUUGUGGAGGUCUGAAGGGAGAUGCGAAGUAAAGCGAUGGGAGUUGCGGAGGUGUUUGGGGCACGCGCUGUUAUGAAUGUUAAGUUAUUGAUGUUGUUGUUGAUGGUCUCGGCCCAGUCACCAAUGACUGCACAAAAGUAACGUUUUUUUUUUUGCACAUUGGGCUCGUGACGAGCACGUGAUGUUGCUGUGGAGAUUACGAGUUACAAAAUAAACGAGCAAAGGCGUCA